AUGGACGCGCUAGGUGCUCUCUCCUCUCUCCUCAGGCACUGGUUAACAUUCUUUCUCCACCUUUGUCAAGCGGCCGGCGAAAUCCUUCGAUAUUCCGCGGUGGUGAUUUUCAAGUUGGCCCUGACCAAUCAAGAGAAACGAUGGCGAUGGGCGCCUUUCCGCAAGCAGAUGAAGGGAACGCGACAAAGAAGUCCGGUGAUGUUACCGAGCAAAGUAUGGCCAAAGCCUGUACUAGUUUUUCAUCCCCCUCGGGGGGAGGCCAGUCCGGGCAGGAUUGGGAAGAGAAAGGGUAGGCAAUCGACCUGCCCAGAAAUCGUCCUGGAACCCCUGCAGCCCAAACGAGUACGCAAAUCCUUGCGGGUACUGUGGCGGUUUUACUUGCCGUCGCCGGAGGAGGCUGAUCUGGAUUCACAGGAUGUUCAAAAUGUUGGGAAUCAAAACAAAGAGAGCAAGGCUGCUGGGGAUAAGCUGGAUCUAAAUCCGGAUGACCCUUGCUUAGAGCUUAGAUCCCGAAAUGGGGCGAGCUCGGAUCUCAGACCCCGUACUGAGGCGAGAUCGACAUGGAUGUGUGGUGGUAUCUCGGCGCAAAUUCUUUGUGACCGACGAUUAGAGCUUAGACCCCGAAAUGGGGCGAGUUCGGAUCUCAGACCCCGCGGUGAGGCGAGAUCGACAUGGAUGAGUGGUGGUAUCGCGGCGCAAGUUUUUUGUGACCGAAGACGGCCGCCAUUGAUGCGGCGGAAGCUAGGCGAUUCCCGGCCGACCCUCUGCCCGAAACAUUCGCGGCCAGGACUAACGACCGGCAAUCGAAGUUUUAGUGGAUUUGCGCUUUCCUCGGCAAGGAAUAACGGCUGUGGGGAUAAUGAGAUCCGCUGUAUCUUUAUGCGGUUAAGGAUAUCUCCUAACCGGCUUUUAAAUUUGAAUUUAAGGAGUUCCCCUCUCCAGAUAGAAUUCCCGUUACAGUGGGGCUUGUUAGCACCCCCUGCCUACUUAAGGCGACCGGCAACUCCUACUCCUAUUCCUCACCAUUUUCGACAAGACGGGUGGGUGCAUAGCAGUGGCGCCCAGCUUUCUACAAGGGAAAAAUAUUCUGGUAGGUGGCUCUUCCUGUGCUCGGAUAUUCUUCUAAGUUUAUGGGAUGAUGUUAACCCGCUUAGAAAUAUCCACUUUAAAUUCUCGUGCUACCCAUGGAAUCCAGUGGGUCAUGAUUCAGAUGUGAUUUUUCUUGAGAACCUGUCCUCUCCUCCUAUGUUGCAGAUGAGUUCGAUGGCGCAUAUCUCCAGGGACCAGGUUGUGGAAUUCACACUGACAGAGAUCCAAGCCAAUCGGGCUAGCAAAUCGAGAAUGCUGCUGGGCCGGGUUUUCUCGGAGGAUCGGUUGACACUAACAGAACUCCGGGAGGCGACCAAUAACCCCUGGCAAGGCCAAGGAAGAAUCAGAGUGCGGGAGGCGGCCCACGGGUUGUAUGAAUUCGUUCUCCCGACUGAAGCAGCGAAGAACUGGGUACUCCAACGUACCCCAUGGGUGAUCAAGGAUAGAAUCCUUCAUCUGCGUGCAUGGACGCCGAAUAUUUCUGCUCGUACUGUCGAAGAAAUGGCGAUUGCGCCAUUUCGUGUCCAAAUGUGGGAUGUGCAGGAAGAAUGCUGCACCCAACAGUUUGGACGAAAGGUGGCGAAUUCCACCAUUGGCAGGGUUCUCGAAUCUGGCAUCUUCUCCUGUACGGAAUCGGCUAGCACCUUCAUCAAGGUUAAGGCCCUCAUCGAUUUUUCCAAGCCGCUCCGGUCCCAAAUUUGGGCAUCGAAUGAAGAAACGGGUUCGUUUUGGAUCCGAUUCAAGUAUGAACACCUCCCCAGCUUCUGCUACAACUGUGGUCGGGUGGGACACUUUCGUCAGAAGUGUACGUUUGAUCCGCCAUCACGAAAGGAGCGCUUUGGUCCUCACAUGAUGACCAAGAAAAUGGGAAGGAAAAUUUUCGAUGCGGAGGAACCUGACCAACGAUUUCCUGGUCAUCACAACUCGGUUUGGAUCAACUCUACUGCUAGAAACAAACAGGAUCCAGAAAAGCGCAUGGAUAAUCGGGAGGACGGCGUGGCGCGGAGAGCUCCUGUCCCGAAUAAGAAGAUGGUGGUUGACAGCAGCCCCUUGUGGAUGGGGUCGUCCGACAACCCGUUUGCUGCGACUGAGCCAGAUGCUCCUCGCGGUAAACCGGGGAGAAGUCCUCUCCGUUUCCCGGUGCAAAAGGCCCCCAAGAUCCCCAUUGGCAAGGCUGCUCGUCGGGGAAGGGGCCAGGCGGUGCCGGUGGGUAGCCCUAUGGAAAUUGAUGUCCGCCAGGAAGUGAUCUCGGCGCCGCGUCGACGAGGUCGCCAGGGCAAGCCAGGCCGUGAUGCAAAAGAGGCGGAUCCGACGAUUGGGCUGAAGGCUGGGGGGACGAAGGCGACAUCGCGCGGGGGUGUUCCUGCUUUCGAGCAAUCUCCUCGGCCGGAAGCUCAAGGAAUGACUCGUCGCCGGCGUCUUCUCAUCGAAGAGGAAUCGGAGGACGAAUUCUCUGUCCAACCGAUUUCGUUGAAUGGGCAGGGGGGAAAGCGAAAUCCUCCCCUCCAGGCUGAGCCACGCAAGGCUCGAGUGCUGAAAGGAAAGGAGACUGUUGGGCCUGCUCGCCCGGGCCCUAAAAGAGGCAAUGUGUCGGCCCAAUCGACCCAGGCUUUGAAGCCAGAAGCCAGCUCCAUAAGAAAAAUAGAGAAGGCCUGCUCGGGCAAAUGCUUGCGCAGGCCCAAGGGAGAGACCUGGAUUGCCGAUCAGACCCACGGCGGAUCCUUGGUUGAUGACCCGGCCCAAGAUGGAAAUGGGGCAGAGCAAGCUGAGGUGGGCCGGCCGCCUUCUCCUAGAACCGCUCCCUUGGCUGAUCCGCUAGGCUCCGAGGACACCCUCACGGACGAUGAAGAAGAGGCCCAAGCUUUUGAGAUCCGGCGUCGGAUCCCGUCGGCUUCUGGGGUGCUGAAGAGAGGAUGA